CCAAAGUCCUGGUCCAGCCGGUCUUGUGAGCGGCCAUGGCAUGCAUCUUCCUUGCUUGACGUUACACGUGCGACAGCGGUAGAGGUUGCUUAUGCGAUAAUCGCUACGUCAUAGAGCAAUUCUUCUCCAAAUUCUUGGUGCUCUCGGUGCAAGAUCAUCCACCGUGGAUGCAAAAAAGCCUUCUUAGGCACUCACUCGCAUCUUUCUCGCGCGUUCAAUCAAUCUACCUCCGCUUCAUGUCGACGACCGAAAGAAAAACCGAGCUCGCGGAAUCGCUGGCUGAGAUCCGCGCACGGGUGCAAGACGUUACGAAGCCCACGAGCACCCCCACUCUUGUUGCCGUAUCAAAGUACAAACCCGCAUCCGACAUUCAGUCGUGUUAUGAGCUGGGGCAGCUCGACUUCGGAGAAAACUACGUGCAGGAGUUGGAGGACAAGGCGAAGGAGCUUCCUGCAGAUAUCAGAUGGCACUUCAUCGGCACCCUGCAAUCCAAUAAAGCGAAGAUCCUAGCCGCCAUCCCCAACCUGUACUCGAUCCAAACUCUUACGUCCGCGAAAACAGCCACAGCUCUCAACAAGCUUCUGCCGGACGAGCGGUCCGAGCCGCUAAACAUCCUCAUUCAGGUGAACACUUCCGGCGAAGACUCAAAGUCCGGCCUCAACCCACUCGAUGCAUCAGACGCCGACGCCGACGCCGAGCUCACACAACUAGCCAAGCACAUCAUCUCGACGUGCCCAAAGCUACGGCUUCAGGGUCUCAUGACGAUCGGUGCCAUCGAGCAGUCGCUCAGUGCGGGUGACCAGAACGCCGACUUCGAUCGACUGGUGCGCACACGGGAUGUGUUAUCGGGGGUGCUUGAGAGGGAGUUUGGGCUGAGUGGCUGGGGUGCUGAUGGCAACGGCCGUCUGCUGUUGAGCAUGGGCAUGUCCAGCGACUUCGAAGCUGCUCUCAAAGCCGGGAGUGACAUAGUCAGAGUCGGGACGGGCGUCUUUGGCGCUCGAGCCAAGAAAACAUGAAUGUACCUGCCAUCGUAAUCGUUGUUCUGACCACGGAUUUGCUCACGGAUCGAUGAAUCUACGACUGUUGACGCGCCCUGAUCGGCGAUCCAGCCUGAUCGAAUGGCAAGACAAUAUGUGAAUUCAUCCCUUGGUCUUUCACAAGGGAUCAACUCUGGGACCCACUUUGCCCUCGUACUAGCAAGCUGUUGUGCUGCAAAUUGGGCCAAUCCAAUUCGGUGGCCAAUUGCCCUUUUGUAUAAGAGAGGCCAAUCACUUCUGACACCUAACUAGGAUACUCACAAUCAUGACCAAAGCCCCAUUGCACUGGUUAUUGAAGGCAUUUCUGAGACAGCCUUUGCGGUAGCCACCCACAUACUGCACUGUCUGUUAGGUGGGCUUGAUGUCAAUCUUCCCUAGUCCUGCGUUGGGAAUGCCUGUCACUGGCCAGCAUGCAGUUGGGCCCCUCUGCCCAAAGCAAGCUCAGAUUUCAUGGCGGACCAUGACAACAGCAACACACAGCUGCGCGUCCAAGGGUAGAACUGGCUAAGUUUAUUACGGGCAAGUCUUGUUGACUUGAUGCCUGCAUUAGUGGUUAUGUUUCUAUUAGAUGAUUAUACCCACCUCAGAAUGAGCGGGUCCCUUGAGUGUCAUAGUAGCCCAAGUUUUGAAAAAGACAAUUGUUCCCUACUCAAAUUUGAUCGUGCUUCUAUGCUUGU